AUGGUUCUAUGUGAUUUCAAGUCAGACAAGCACUUUGUUGCUUCCUCCGACAAAACUACCCUACAAAUAUACGAGUUAACCAACCCUACCAUUCACCCUUCUUCGAUUCGAAAGAUCCACUGGAGGCAAAUCGCCUGCAUCACUGUGCGCGACGACGAUGAUGCUGAGUCCUACGACGGGCUGUUGUUCUUCGAUGGUCAUGGGAAGAUCGAGGGACGGGAGGCGUUAACCAAGCUAGCUCAAUACCUAACCCGGCUACGGUUGAUGGUGAGCCCGGAAGGGUAUUGUUUUCAAGAUGUGACGGGAUUGGGUGAGCAUAAUGAUUUCGGGAUCCAGUACCUUCGGCUGAAUGAUCUGUUCAACUGGCCUCGUCAUGGCGUUGACGCUGCAAGGAGCAGCGUGUGGCAUCGUUUGGAGUUGAGGUAUGUCAUGCCAAAAUACAAGAAAUCACCAAAACAAACGACGGGAGUAGGAGUGAGCAAGGAGAAGUACGAGGAGUUGAAAACAAUGUUGAGAGUAAAAAAUGAGGAAUUGGCAAAGGUGAGGGAGGAGAUGGAUGAAGAGCUACAAAAUUUGAGGGACGAGCAAGCAGAGGAGCUACAAAAGUUAAAAGAGGAGACAGAGGAAGCAAGCGAGACGAAAUAUGAGGAGAUCAAGAAGGCGAUGAAGGAAAAGGAUGAGGAGUUUCGAAAACUGCUAAAGAAAAAAGAUGGCGAAUUGCAAAUGCUUAAAAAGGGGAAGAACGAUGGAGCGAUGCUACAAAAGCUAAGAAAGGAGAAGGACGAGGAAUUUCGAAAGUUUAAAGAGAAGACGGACGAGGAGAUCGAAAAGAUAAAAAGGGAAAAGGACGAAGAAAUGGAAGGUCUUCAAAAGAAGGAGGAGGAAGCCUUGCAAAAAUUGAACGAGAAAGAUGAGGAAUUGCGAAAACUAACAAGGGUGAAGGACGAGGAGUUGCGAAAGCUACUGAAGAAGAAAGACGGUGAACUACAAAUGCUCAGGAAGGGAAGGAACGAUGGUGUGCUUCUUCAGGCAUUAAGGAAGGAAAAAGACGAAGAACUACACAAGUUGAAACAGGAAAUGGAGGAGGAAAUCGAAAAGCUGAGAAACGAGAAGGAAGAAGAAGCAGAAAGGAUCAUUCUCGAAAAAGAGGAAGAAACAUCGGAAAAGCUAAAAGAGAAAGACGAGCAACUACAAGAACAAAAAAAGGAGAACGGCGAACUGCAGAAACUACUACAGAAAAAAGACGGCGGACUGAAGGACGAAAACAGAGUAAUCUUACAGAAGCUGAGGAAGGAAAAGGACGAGCAACUACGUAAAUUCAACGAAGAGAUGAAAAAACUGAGGCAUGAGAAGGACGAAGAGGUAGAAAGGCUGGAAAGAGAGAAAGAAGAGAAAGAGCACGAACUCGUAGCACUGAGGCAGCAGGGAAGAAGCGAUCAAGAUGGCGGCGAAUCGACGACGACCACAGAGAGUCUGAAGAAAGAGCUCGAGAAGUGCCGGAAGAACUCGUGGGGCAGCCCGCCAAUCUCGAAGAUCCUGCUCCACCUCCCGAAGGAGAAGCUCCUUGAGAUCCACCUCAGCAGGAGGCGGCCGGUGCCGCCGCAGAGAUUCCGUCGGAAGAACAAUUCCGCCGCCGCCGCCGCUCCUCCGCCCGUCCCUCAGCACUACACGCCGGACAUCGCGGAGGGGAGCCACCACGUUCUGUUCGACUCGCUGCUGCUGAUCGACGAGGAUGUCACGGCGGGUCCGACGCCGUCUCCGGUGACGGUGGCCACGCGAGACGGGCAGUUCGACGUGAAUAAUUGGUGGUUUGCGAAGACUACGGCGCCGGAAGGCGGGACGACGAUGGUGGCUUAUUACGACGGCGAUUUCAACCGUGUUAGUGUUUCUAGGAUGGUGGCUAAAGAUCCCAUUCCGUUGCCGUAUUCCAAAGAUGCCAAUUUCUGUCCCAAUAGGAGUUUCACGCUUGUUAGUUUGGUGGUGGGGUUGAGGCUUGGUUUCUUUUACCGGAGUUAG